GYAGUGCACACACAUGAGCACAGUAGCGUCUCUUGUACCUACACUUGAGCCGUCCACAGUGGACAGUCCACUACGCGCUCAACGCAGCCCUGUCGAAGGAAUGCGACUGUCCGAGUUCAGGUACACCCUGGUGCUGGUCGUCCAGCUGGCGCUGCUCGCCGUCGACCUGUUGUUCAACACGUUCAUCCACCGGUACUUGGCCAACACGGGCAUUUCGAUUUUGCUCUUCGUGCUGCAAGACAUAGGUCAACUGGUCGCCAUCGCCGUGUUGCUCAUCACGUUCUUCCAGACCAAUAUAUUCCAGGCCGGUUUCAUUGUGUUACUGUUCAACGAGUUCCGGUCGACUAUCAUCACCGGCGUCGGUUAUUUUAUACUAACCCUGUUCGUGCAGGUGUGGACUCUGACGAACCGUUUCAAAGGGCAGGUGUACUUCUACUGGCCGGACGGACUUUACGUGGUUUUUGUUCUCCACAAGUUCACUUCAUGCUUGCAUUACUACUUGUACAAAAGAACGGCUCUAUGUAUAUCAGAUCCUAAAUUUUACACCGAUGAAUGGAUUAACCAUCGUAUWAAUCAAGAAUCAGAUCAGAGAAGUCCUAAGUAUUGAUAAAUGAUGAAAUUGGAUGUAUGUAGUAUGUUGUUAAGAUAGAAAUUUAUAAUAAAGUAUGAUACAAUAUCAAUCAUAGAUGGUUGGCAGCUAAUCAAAAUCACAUCAAUUUACUCAUAUGUGUAAAACAUGUAAUCAAUGGUAUGCAUAACUUCGCCUUCACCUCCCCGAAUCUUCCAAGAGGUAUACAGCGGCUCUGAGCCAGACAA